AUGUAUUCUCCCGAGCCUGGCUCUGUCGCGGGUGACUCGAUGGGAGUGGACAACUUUUCGCGCCCUCGACGACCUAGUAUCAAGCAUUCGUCCCCGGACUCGUACCGCUAUCGUCCCGGAUACUCUCCGCCACUGCAGUCAGACUCAUUGCAGCAUGAGUAUUUGAACCACCCAAACCAGUACCUAUUGGCCCGUGAGCGAGGACAAUCGAUUGCUUCAAACAAAUCCACUUCGUCUUUUGCCUCAUUGCCCGUUCGUCCUUCGCCAGAUCUCAACUACCGCGACAGUGUUCGUGGUAGAAGCAGAAAUGCACACCCCCCGUUUUCGCGCCAGCCCAUGAUGUACAGUCGUACCGAUAGCAGUGGACAUUCAUUUCCUCGAGAGCCUUUGCCGCGCAUGGCUUCCAUGCCCUCAGAUGAGCUCAGAUCUAGUUACAGGUCACAGUUGUCGGCAUCUACGGCGCCCGGUACCUUGCAUACGGAACGGAGCAGUGUUUUGACCAAGAGUAGCUCCGUUACCUCCAUCUAUAUACCAGUCGACGAUGGUUUCAGCGUAGACGACGUCAUGGGAAUGUACGAAAAGGGCUUCCGCGACGACUCUCCCGCAGAUGGCCAUAUUGAAGAAGAUGACGAGUCGAGACCGCCGACGGGCAAGUCUGAGCUCAGCAGGAGGAAGACAGCUUUGUUGGAGGCCUUCUCAGAUUCAAUACUUGUACAGCGAGCAUUUUCAGGUGGCGAGCGAGAGCUCGAAGAGGACUCGGCCGAUGUUGUGCCUGAUAUCGAUGUACAGGCUCCGGUAGUCAGCAAGGCUGAGAUGGCCGCAAUCCGCGAAUCUACUGCCCUGUUUUCGAGCGUCGAGACGGCCGCUCUAGCCGAGGCCAUAGUAGAGAACGAAGACUCGGAGAAGCCCACGAACCAUGACGAGUUUGGGAUGCGGUCGCAACAGUCACAACUACAGCCACAGCCUGCAGAACACAGAUACGGGUUUCGCAAGGGCAACCAGUACGUCACGCAAGAGCAGUAUGAUAGCUGGAAUGCGGGUUAUUCGGGCUACCUGGAGCGGAGGAGAAGGAAAUGGCAAGUCUUGAUGAAAGAGAGCGGCUUGAUCACUGAUAACCCUAUUCGAUUUCCUCCGAUAUCCGCCAAGACAAAGAGAUUUGUGCGCAAGGGCAUUCCUCCAGAAUGGCGAGGUGCUGCGUGGUUCUACUAUGCAGGAGGUCCCGCCAUUCUGGCCAAGCAUGGUGGAGUUUACGAUGAGCUUCUGGGUCAGACAGCUAAGGAUAUCGACAGAGAAGCGAUUGAACGAGACCUCCACCGCACUUUUCCAGAUAAUGUCAAGUUUCGAGCUGCCAAUACCUCGCCAACCCCGAACACGGAGAGCCAAGAGACAAGGGGCAGCCAGUCUACUGCCAAAGGACCUCCUGCGCAACCAGGCGAGACCCUCAUGAUAUCAUCGCUUCGCCGAGUUCUGCACGCAUUUUCCAUAUACAAUCCCAGGAUUGGGUAUUGCCAAUCACUCAAUUUCCUCGCUGGACUUCUCCUUCUCUUCUCCGAAACCGAGGAACAGUCUUUCUGGCUACUCAACAUCAUCACCCGGGUUUACCUGCCGGGCACCCAUGAGACGAGUCUGGAAGGCGCAAACGUGGAUCUCGGGGUGCUAAUGACAUCGGUCCAGGAAACCAUGCCAGCUGUCUGGGCCAAGAUCGGAGGGGAGCUCGACGGAACAGACGCGGUGAAGCCCAAGUCUCGAAGAUAUAGGAAAGGCACCAUCCCCACCCGCCUUCCACCCGUGACGUUGUGCAUGACGGCCUGGUUCAUGAGCUGCUUCAUUGGCACGCUUCCCAUUGAGACGACCCUCCGUGUGUGGGAUGUUUUCUUCUACGAGGGCUCAAAAACCUUGUUCCGCAUGGCGUUGACCAUCUUCAAACUGGGGGAGAAUGAGAUCAAGAGCGUUGGCGACCCUAUGGAGAUCUUCCAGGUGGUGCAAACCAUCCCGAGAAAAUUACUUGACGCCAAUGCCAUGAUGGAGGCCUGCUUCAGGCGGCGAAACGGAUUUGGUCACAUCAGCCAAGAUACCAUCGAAGAGAGACGAAUGGAGCGCAGGAGAAAUGUGAAGCUGGAGAAGGAACAGCAGGGCGCGUAUCGUGGCACACUCGACUCACUUAGCCCUCGCGACAAUCACGCGACUACACCCAUAAGCACCCGAGUGCCAAGACAGGUGACUGCAGCCGGAGUCUGCUAA